AUGCCACUUUUCGUCGAGCUACUUCGACAUAUAAUACUAUUUCAGAACACCUUUGAUACUUUCAAAACUCUGAAAUUGCCGCCACCUUCACGGUCCUCACGUAAUGGUGGACUGCCGAGUGCACGAGCCAUGCAGCAACGAAAACGGGAUAUGAAAGGCUGCCUGGCGGUGUGGAUAGUUUGGUGCUGCUUCAUGACAUAUGAGCGUUUGCUCGAAGGAAUCUUCUCACUAUUUAUCCCUUUCUACGACGAGGUGAAGGCCCUUACUCUUCUGUUCCUGCUGGUAACUCGUGCAAAGGGUGCUGAACCUAUUUACCUGCACGUCAUACGGCCUUUUCUAAAACCGUACACAGCGUCUGUCGACGCUCUGCUGGAUCUGGUGCGCAUGUUCGGCGACAUUAUGUUUGCUUUGUCGGCUUUGCCGAUUCGGUACAUGCGGACUUGGUGGCAUCACAUACGCCCCACAAGUUUGACACAAUAUGUCAGCAUUCGACAGUGGAUUAGUUCCACAGCGUCUUAUGAGGCUACUACGACCACCUCAUCCACGCGAAGUGCUUCGUCUUCGACGUCCACCUUGCUGAAUGUAUCGGAUACGACAAUCUCACAAGAAACCAUCACUGCUGGUCCAUCCAGGAUAUUGAGGGAAAGCGUGGGCCAAAAAGUGAACGCUGGUCCUCGGCCCGACUUACCUCUAGACCCAUCCGUCAAACCGUCCGUCGCUUCCGUAACAUCGCAUCAAGUCUGGUAUCCCCCACCAUCCUCUUAUAGAGAUUCAGCAGAGGAGAACAUCACCCCGGAAUCUACCUCAGAUGUGAAUCGACAUGACGGUUUACCAGAUAUUAUCUCUCAACACACCGUUCAAGAACUAAUGCAGAUGGAAGAAUGGCGACAGUAUCCCGCGUUCCCAUCCGCGUAUCCCGCAACUCCCCUCCUUCCCACUAGCACUCUUCCAAACAUAUCAGCCGUUAUGCUCUCCUUUGCAGAGAACGAAGGCGACAGAACACUGCGUCAGCAGGAUUUUGAGCAGUCGCUCUUGAGUUCGCGAGCGUCUUUGGAACCGAACCUCGCCGAACUCUUGAGCGACAACACCGAUCAAAACCAGGUUCCUGAUGAUAAUAAUAAUAAUGAUGAAGACUCGCCCAUGUCCGUUGAUGAGUCAAUGGACGAGGACGAUGAAGACGAAUUUAACAUAACGCUAGGGACUCCCCUCCCUCCUCCUACGAACACGUUGAGAUUACGUCCGGGCAGACGCCCUAUACGACCAUUGGUAUUGCAGUCUGAUGAUGAUGUAUCAUCUGGCGCCACUUCCCCUACCGCGUUGAGUACAACAGACUAUGGUUCUUCUCUUCACACUCCUACUUCCUCGGAAGCCUCGUUCGCCGAAUCGUUACCUUCACAAGCCCCGCAAGUAGCUAGCCGGAAACGUGCUCUUCCUCGGAGUUUCUCUCCGGGAAUCCAAAAGAAAACCCGCACAAGAGCGUCUCCCAUAUCUCGCCGUACUGUUCAAAAGCGGGAUAUUGUUAUUCAACCUCGGAGACGCGUUGUGGUCGCUAGGCGGCGCCAAACGCUCAAACCUGCUCUGAAUUCCGAGCGAGAGCAGUCGGAGGGCAAUUCCGAGGCAGCUUCGGAAAGGGAAGGCAACGGGAAAGGAAGUACGACGCAACCAAAAUCGAAGAGACGAAAGGUCGACGCACCCUCUGCCAAGAAUACUAAUCAGCGUAAAGGCAAAGGUGUAGCACCACCGCGUUCUGACACUAUACGGUCGUCUUCACGAUUACGGCCAGGCGCUACGUCUGGGAUCCGAGCUUUCAGACAAUCAUCUGAACUCGGGUUCUCAAGAAACGCUGAGGGGACGUCGGCCAGCUGCUAA